AUGGAGGUGCCGGGUUCAUCAAAGAAGAUGAUAGCUACACAGGAAGAAAUGGUGGAGGCCAAGGUGCCAAUACCAUACAGAGACCAAUGCGCCCAUUUGCUGAUCCCACUGAACAAGUGCAGGCAGGCCGAGUUCUAUUUGCCCUGGAAGUGUGAGGCGGAGCGCCACACGUAUGAAAAGUGCGAGUAUGAGCUUGUCAUGGAAAGAAUGCUCCAGAUGCAGAAGAUCCGUGAGCAAGAAGCCAAGAUGAAGGGCUCUCAGAAAGGCCAGUUGCCCAUUCGUCUCAUCCCCAAAACAGCGGAUGCUUGA